AGAGAGAGAGAGAGAGAGAGAGAGAGAGAGAUCUAAUUAAACCACCCUGUGUUAACUACGUAUAUCCCAUAGAAAACUCUAUUCACUUUUUGUGUAAAUCCAACCAACCACAACCAGAUUUAUAGAAGUUCUGUAGAAAGCCCCCACCCCGAAUGACCCUAACAAUGAUCUUGACCUAUGACUUGUAGUAAGUAAGGAAACAUUUCAACCCUAUAGGACCUUUCUAUCGAGACUUACUGCACACAUUGGCGAACAGCCUGACUGACUGAUUGUCUUUGGACCUCAAAAUCAAAGGGUCUUCCUUAUAUCUAGAGAAACCUAUGUAGGCCUACACAGUUGAUUUAAGUCUCUAUUAUCUUUCUAUGAAGAGUUUAACCCACAGACAGACGAACAACGACACUGUUUAAGAAGGCCUCUGUCGAAAGAGUUAAACUAUCCACAAGUAAAGUCUACGGUGAAACUUCAUAAAACCUGUUCGGGUCAUAGCUUGAAUGGGUUUUUUAACCAAACUUUAAAAUCAAUGUUAUAACUUGUCAAGGAACUUUUUAGGCACAAUUUACCAUGUCAUUUUGUUAAGCAUCUCAUGCGGUGAUAUAUUCUUCGCAUAAAAACCCGGCUUGGCUUUAUAGAAAGGAAACUAUUGACACCAGAACUUCAUGUUUGAGAUUUGUUAAUAACAUCGUAAAUAAACAAAAGACGCGCUUAUUAUAAGUCUGGAUAUGUCAAAGGAUCUGAUCAAAAUCUUAUAUUGUGUAAUAUUUUGUGAAAUCAAUUCAUGGAAAGUUAAAUUAGAGGUAUUUCAUGUGAAUAUUAAAAAUAACAUUUAAAAUAAAGAACUCAAUGAGUGUAAAUUGAAAAAAUUUCAAAUAAAACCGUUUUAAAUAGUACGUUUUACAAUUUUAAAUUUACAUAUAAAUCUUCUAAACAUUAUUGGCUGAACUUUGUCAGUCGUGGGGUUGAAAAAAUUACAUUUCUGUAUGUCUGUCUGUUUGUCAAUCUGACUGUCUGUAUCCACGAUAUCUCAAAACAUCUAUAGACAUACCUUGCAUGAAGCUUAAUUUAAACAUGAGGAACAUUGAGUGCGAUGGGGGUGCAUAUCUUUACUAUAGAUUACUUUGGUCUUAAGGGUAACCUUAAUGGAAUCGAGAAAAAUGUGUAAACAAACUGCAUAAACAAAGAACAAUAUCAGAUCUGAGCACGUGACACUUUUGUCCGCGGUGUCAAAAAUGUAUAAUAGACUGGAUUCAAUGUUAAAAAUCGAUGACAUUUUUUACUUAGGUGCACUCUUACGUUGUAGUACCCGCGCUAGCUUACCGGAACGUUUUUUUUUAACAUUGCUAGAAAACUUAAUUUACUGAACAAAAAUGUGAAUAUAUCAUGUGGCAAAAUAUCUAUAGUAUGAGUUCACAUGUACACUUUGAAAUUUUGAUGAAACUUCACGUAUACUUAAGAUGAGAAUUGAGUUAUUUGAUGGUACAUGACCAACCAUAGAGUUUGGCUUAGCGUCAUUGAUGGGUAUCACUCAGAAUGUCAAUCUCUCUUCUGCCUGCCGGGGGGAUGUAAAAAUAUCGUUUCUUUAUAAUUGUAUGCCUGUAUAUCUGUUUUUAGGAUAUAGAUUGAAAUGAUAUGCAUAUAUAUAUAAUAUUUUUUUUUUUUUUUUUUUGAAAUUUUGCAUGCAACCUUAGCGAAGUCUGUUGCGAGACACGUGGUGUGGCGUACCCUUAACUUGUUGGCUGAUAUUUAGCAAAGCAUGACACCCGGUUGACUGGAAAAAGUUAUAUUUGUACUGUAUGUCUGGCCGCACGAUAUCUCGAAGACGAACUGAAAUUUUGCAUGAGGCUUCGUUUAUAUAUUAGCAACACUGAGUAAGAUGACAGCUCCAUGGGUUUUGGUUGAGCGUUAGUGAAUAUAUUCACAUUGAUCUCAUGGGAACCAUGAUGGCAACGAGAAAAUAGCUGAAUAAAUCACUUUGUAAACUAACUGAAACCGUCCAUUUAAGAUUUUAACAUGUUAUUUAGCUGCAGAGUUUUUGGGAGGUGUCUUAUUUUAAAAGUAUAAUCAAUACGUACCUACAAACUUGAUUUAGUGUACAGUUUGGUGAUUUUGAACGAUAAAGUAUAAACAUAUUUUGAGCUUUUUACAGAGUACCUAAUAAAAAGCUUUUGGGCGCGUAUGUUAUUUAUAUAGAUGAGACUGUAUAUAUGUUAGAUGCAGUUACAAAUGAGAUAUAUUCCAUAACUCUAUGACCAAAAGAUUAGAGAACAAAACUGCUUUGAGUUUAAUAUAGUUCUUAUUGGGCUAAAACAAGACACCAUCAGCACAGCUCGCUCUUAAGCUAUAUUAAAAAAUACAUAUAAAAGCCUUAACUUUAAAACCUAAAAUUGUUACCAAAUAUUAUUCUAAACCAUAACAACCACGUACUUUGAUAUGUGUGCCAUUACAGUUUUUUCAGGUUUUGAAACUCUAUUAAGCUAUAUUAUGGGUUGAUACAGAGUUUUAAGUAAUUCAUUUAUAGGGUAGGAAUCCACCGAAAAUAUUUAUGUACUUUGUAACUAAAAUAAUAUAUAGAUUACUGUGAGGCAUACAUAUCUCAAAUCAUUCUACUGAAUCAGUAAAUGUACAACUGUGUUAUUUGUUCGUAAUUUUCGGUUUAAAUUCUAUUAGAUACUGUUAUUUAUUUGUUCCUGAACAUCAAAGUCAUGUAUUUUACAAUUAAUAAAAAUGACCGUGCCAUCGAUUGCUUAGACUAACAGUCAUUUGCUAUACGUUACUGAGAGUCUGCUGCCGGAGAUGACAGCGGGGGCUGGAGUUGCGACACAAGCACUACUGAGUCUGCAGACACAAACACAAGGAAAGUACCCUAGACAUGACCUUGGUCAGGGGUAUAUAGCUGACUAGGCCUCUCAGUUAACAUGUCAUCUGUCAGCAUCCAUUGCCAUGAGGGUUCUGAUAGCCUGCCUUUUCCUGGCAGGUGUUGCCUGGGCUAGGCCCGAUGGUGCUUUUGCGCCUGCAGAAGUAUAUGGAGAACCAGGAAAAUUACCAGUAGAAUUUGCUCCACCUCCUCCACCGCCGCCACCACCACCACCACCACCACCCCCUCCGCCGCCGCCGCCACCACCACCUCCGCCACCAUCGGCACCGUACGCUCCACCAGUACCGGUAUACGCUCCACCGCCGCCACCUCCACCACCUCCGCCUCCACCACCACCGCCUCCACCGCCACCACCACCACCAUCGGCACCGUACGCUCCACCAGUACCGGUAUACGCUCCACCGCCGCCACCUCCACCACCUCCGCCUCCACCACCACCGCCUCCGCCGCCGCCGCCGCCACCACCACCACCACCACCUCCUCCAUCGGCACCCUAUGCCCCACCAGUACCAGUAUACGCUCCGCCGCCACCACCACCUCCGCCACCGCCACCUCCGCCCCCACCUCCUCCCCCACCACCACCGCCCCCACCACCUCCACCACCGGCACCGGCACCAUAUGCCCCUCCAGUACCGGUAUACGCUCCGCCGCCGCCACCACCACCACCUCCUCCACCACCUCCUCCACCACCCCCACCUCCCCCAGCGCCCUACGCUCCCCCUGUGAUCGUAUACGCACCACCUCCUCCAGUUUUUGCUCCAGUACCUAUAGCUCCAUAUGCUCCGCCUGUACCUGUCUACGCGCCACCGCCUCCUCCCCCACCACCACCACCGCCUCCUCCACCACCACCACCUCCUCCUCCACCCCCACCACCACCUCCUCCUCCACCACCACCGCCACCGCCACCACCACCAUCAGCACCGUAUGCACCUCCCCCACCUGCUUUCGCACCCCCACCUCCCCCACCACCACCCCCGCCACCUCCGCCACCACCUCCACCACCACCACCAUCAGCACCUUAUGCUCCUCCACCACCUGCCUUUGCACCACCUCCACCUCCACCUCCUCCUCCCCCACCACCUCCACCUCCUCCUCCCCCACCACCACCACCUCCCCCUCCCCCUCCACCACCACCCCCGUCAGCACCUCACGCUGUCUACGGUGUACCCUCCUUUUAGUUUUAUUCUGACGUGAUAUUUAUAUUCAUUUUCUGAUUUGUUGUAUUCCUUACUGUCACACAUUUUAUGUCUGUUUGUCUGUGUUAUAUUAAUUUAUAUGUUUUUAAAUAAAACACAUUUAAGAGA